AUGAGUUGUACUGAGAGCAACGUAGGUGUAGGGGGUGAGCAAGAUCCGGGGAGUGAGAGGAUUCGGGCUCUGGAGGCCGAAGUGGUUAGGCUGAAAUCAUUGAUUGAAAUGGUUGAAAGGAGAAUGAGAGGAACCGGUAAGCAGGAAGAGAGACAGGAAGAAUGUGAGGUGGUCCAAAAUGUACCAUUAGAGCAGUUGGUAGUCGAGGGUACGAAGCACCAGGAGAGGAAGCCUCUACCGGAGUCACCAACAUGUUGGUACUGUGAGGGAUACGAUCACGUGGUAGAUAAUUGUAUUGGAAGGAAGAGGACUCUUGAGCUCUGGCGUAAGUUAGAUGAAGAGAAGGUGAGAAAAGGUGAAGAACAACCAGAAUUGCCAAGCGGUCUUGUACCGGAAUGCGAGACCGAGAGUAACAAGACUUCAGAACUAGAAGGUGUGGCCAAUGCAAGUCUAGGGAACUGCUUCAUCGCAGAUCACGAAAAAGCCGGUGAGACUAAGAAGAUAGGUUCUGUGUUGCCAGUCAAACAAACGUUGUUUCGGAAAUAUGACGUUCCGAGAUUCGCGAGUAAAGAAAGGCAAACUAGACAGGUUCCGUGGCGAGGAUUUUCAGAAAGCGGAAAAGGUCGGAGUAAGACAAGAGUUCGAUUGAAUAGGAGAAAGGAAAAGGAAACGAAGAAAACAGCGAAUACCAGAACAGUAAAGGGAUGGCAGAUAGAGUGGUCGUUUACUUCCGAGCGAUGGAGGGUGUGGUUUUUGAAAAUCUUAUUAACGGACGUUAAAUUUGUCACUCGAUCCAUUGAGAUUAGUUGCUAUCUGGUACUACCGGCUAAGCUGGCACCGGAAUGCAUUCUAGCAACCAUCAAGAGGGUAGUAGGCAGCUAUUGGAAUGGUUUGGAGAGUUUGGAUGGAAAUCGACUUGGCAUUUUCCAUUGCAAGUUCCUAAAAAACUUGCCAGAGCAGGCUCUCCAUAGUUUGACCUUGCAUGACCUUCAGCUAUGUAACUGUUGUGAAACAGCGACAAGGAGCCAGUUAAAGGUCUGGUCUCAUUAAAACACUUGAAAUUUACCUUUUUUCCAGCUAUGAGGCUCUUGGGUUUCACCCAAGAGUUACUUUUAUCCCGUUGAAGCUGUGCUCCGGGUAAAUAACAUACUGGUUCGCCAUUGCAAAGCUUAGCGCUGAUCUUUGGAUCAGCCGCCGCCCCUACAAAACCUUUUCUUACUAGGGGCAUCCUUGGACUGUUCAACAGUCCAAGAAGAAGCUUUGCAGUGUGCUGGAGAAUGGAGUAGUCAGUUCUUUCAAAGUAGAACCAUUGGAAGGUAGUAGUUGUGGUUAUUCGCGAUCCCCUCGACCAGAAGUCAGAGAGAGCCCUGGAAGUUUUCCCGGGCGAUGAUCUCAAACCAAAAGCUCAGAGCCGUAGGGUAAUGACGAGCAGUACUGCUGAAGGAAGUUUAAUUCGUGAGUCUGGCUUUGGGGAUUGCCAGACGCUGAUCGAAAAGAAAGACUCAGAAGUUUUUGCAAUCAAAAAUGGUGUUGAGCAACCCGAGUCAAUCGAGCGAGAGCACAACAACUUCAAAAAAAUGGCUCUAUCGUGGGAGUACUGCCCGAAAGUGAAAUUUUCAAAAUUUAUCAUUUCUAUGGAGACAUUUCAGGGAGAUUUUGGCAAUUUGUAAAUAAUGUUAGUAAGGUAGUUCACAAAGGUAAUCUUAUAUGUCUAAUUUAGUACUUAAAAUUAUUUUUCUUUAUUGUUUUUCUAUUAAAAUUAACUUAAGAUUAUGUUGCUUUCUGUUGAGCAUGGCAACCCCUCUGUGACGUCAUCUCUUCGUCGUCCGUCCGAUAGUACCUAAAAACAAGAAUAAAGCAUUAAAAUCCGUUUCCAUUACUGUGAAGUGAUUGGAAACACACUCACCUGACACCAGGUCUCCAGAAGCAGCCUCAUCCGGCCGGCGAGGUGGUCUUCAAAGGCUAGGUCGUUCUCCAAUAUCCCGAUCCAGUACAGCGAGAGAAUCCUGUACGUAGGAUUUCUCAAGCCUACGUCAGCCAGUCAUUUUCCUUCCGUAUUUGACCUAAACCACAAAGAAAACAGAUAACAUUAGUACUUACAGUUUAUUAGUUACUUUUCCCGUGAUUUUCCGAUAUUUGCAGCCAUUCUUGGUCCGUUUUCUUGGAAAAUUACCUAAAAACGUUCACGAAUUUUCAAUUUCACUGCACUUUCAAUGUUUUUGUUUACGUUUGACGGUUCUCAGAAAGGGUAGAUAUAUCAGAGUUUGAGUGUCGUGAGUGUCCGGAGAAAAAUUUCUCUGAGUGACGUAAGUGGGAGUGAUUUGUGUUUUCUCAUUUAAUAAUGCUUCGUGAGAGCUGGAGAGAACCUCCGGCGUAUGAAACGUUAUUGGAAUGAUUGUUUGGGAGAAUUUAGGAUUCGCACACAUGGAUUAGCGUAAGUCAGAGAAUUUUUGGCGAGUUAAUUGGUGUUGUGGCGGUUUUUGUGUUGUGGUUGAUGUUUACGUUUUGUCCUACACAGAGGCAUGGAUACCGGGUAGCAGGCUCGGUGGUUCUCUGUGAGACAGAAUCGUUGCGGUGAAUUCAGAGGAGAAACGUGUUACCAACAUCAAGGAUUGGUGUAGUUUCGAAUCUGAAUGAUCCAGUUAUUGUUGUAGAGUGUGUGCGGUCAUAUCAGAGAAAUGCAAUGAAUCAACGUUUAGGUUUGGUGUUUGGUUUCUCGAUAUGUACCUGUUCUGUGUUGGUGUAUGUUCAUUGAGUAUCAGAUGUUCUGUUAGUUAAUGACGUGUUGUUGGGAUGAUGCUUCUGCUGAGACUGAAAGGUUUCAGCAGCAAUGCAGUUUUAAGGAUUUCUUUGGGGUUUGAGAUUAUAUGUUGGUGUCGAUAUUCUACCUAGUCUGAGAACGUCAAGCAGCUCAAUCUUUCUUGGGGUGAACCUGUGUUUUGUAAAUAUUGUUGUAGAUAUAAAUAUGGAAUAGUGUGUACAUAAAAGUUUUUUUUUCGAUUUUUUUCGGUAUUAUUAUUAUGGAGAAUAGGUUAGGAACCCGGAUGAAUUUGAAAUAUUUAUACAUGAUUUAGCUAAGGGAAUAUAUUAAUGAAAUAAUGUACAUAAUGUGUACAGUUUACCACUACGAAAAUUUGGUUUAAGUCCUUAAACCAAAUUUUCGUAAAAUAGCCCUGGUGCAAUGUAGCAGUCAGGAAAUUUGUAUAUAAUUUUUGUGUAUAUUCUAAUGUAAAUGUUGUAAAUAUUAUAUCAAUGCCUGUUGAGAAUAAGUUUAAAUCAAUGUUCAGUGUAAUUAGAUUCAAAGUAUUGGAAUUCCCUUAGAGUAGGCAAUCAUGGGUUGCGAACAUUUUGCGAAAUCUCUCCUGAGGCGAGCACACUUGUGUCUCCGAAAGGUUGGAAAGGGACAGCAGCACGACCAUCGCUCCGAGUUAUCCUUCGUGACUUGCGAUCACGAAAGUGUACGACGAGUUUUCGGGAAAUGACGAGCUUCCGGUACGUCCGAGAAUUCACUGUCUUAAUCUGAGGGAUCACAGACUCGAUCAUUUCGUUCGUGACUACCCAGCAAAUUGGAAGUGUGCGCGUUUGUAGUUUGUUCGUUAUCCGUUGUGAAUGUAUAAAAAGUGUGCGUAAGGUAGAAUUCUGUGUGCGAAUUAGUUAGAAGCCAGAAGUAACAGGUAAUUGUGCUCGUAAUGUGCCAUAUUGUGCUCGUGCUUAGUGUUCGUUUUAUUCGCCAGAAGGCUGUUCAUUUCGCAGCAUAUCUACCCGCACCCAAGCGCGCGAACUUCUCCCCUCACGGACGGAAACAUUCCUGGCCAACCUUUAUUCUGCCGGAAGUCGGUCGAUCCGUCACCAAAUCGACCGAGUGAGGCUCAGGGGACCUCAGCGAUUCGCGAGUCAGAGGCCAUCCACCAAUUUGACCGCCACCGCCAUUGCAAGUGCGUUGGUCGCAAAACGCGCGAUUCGCCAUUCACCAAUAACGGCCAUUGGUGAUCGCCGUUCAACACGCCCGUCUCGGACGGGGCACUGACCUGGGCCACAGGUCAACGACAGCGGACGUAAGCCAACGAAGUCGGUGAGUCGAACAAACCUCUUUUUUUUGUGGAGUGGGGCGUCCGUUGAGGGCGCCUCGGAGUGUUUUUUGCCAGUCACAGACUGAAGACGAUGUGCCGCUAAGGCCUCGUAAAAAGCUUGGAGAUCGUCGUGCGUGCGUGACGAAUUGCCGCCGCCCAGAUCCGGUUGUCACACCAGGAGCGCAGGCUAGCCCGCAGAUGCGCCGCCAAAGGUUGUGACGUCACACAGAACACGUAGAGCACAUGAGCACGUUAGACAGAUAAGAAGAGAGAACUAGGGAGAGAAAUCGCACACAAGAUAGGAAGUUAGAGAGAACGAACACAUACACACAACAUGAAUAAAUGCUAGCAAUAAACAUUGUGAUAUAAACCGCCCAAAAUAUUCGUUUGAACCCCACUAUGUAGUGUUAAGUUGAAUAAACGUCCCAUUAUGUGUUCUAGUAAGCCCUAGUGUUUGAUUAGUUGCAUGUAUUACCCGUCACUACGCGUUUGAUGUCGUUCCCGUCCUCCGUCCACGGAGUUUGAUUGAUGGGGUUCUCAGUCCGUUUCCUCUUUGCUGUUGCGUAUCGCGGCGAGUGUCUUGUCUGCCAGUGAUGAGAAUUGGU